AUGCCUUCCUCAUCACACCUCCGCAUUCAAUCUUCCUUUGAGCCUUUCACCGCCGAGACCACUCGCUCCCACUUUGUCUCUUCACCACCACAGAAGAAGCAGAAGAUGUCUCUCACCCAAACCUACUACAUUGCCGCCUCUGCCCGCUCCAAGCUGGGCAAGGAGGCAUGCAGGGCCGACCACGACCUCCGCCUACUUGUUGGACACGCAAACCUUCUCGACAGCCUCAUGAUCGAACUCCAAGACGCCGAACGCCAGCAAGAGCAAUGGUUCAACCAGACCAUGUCCAAGGCCUCCAAGGCUGAGGAGUCCCGACACAUCCAGUGGGCCGACAGCAUUGCUGAAGAGGACGACGACGAAGAAUCAGACUCCGAGUCAGAGGACGACGACGACUUCGACAUGAUCCCUAUACCGCGCCGCAUCGCUCAAUCACCGGUUCAGAUCAGCACCAUGGAAGUUGACGAGGACUCCGAGGACGAGGACGAAUUCUACGAUGACAUGGACGAUGUUGCCGACCUCGCUCUCACCCGCGUGCCAUCCCAGUCGCAAUCACCACCCGAGCUCACCUACGAAGAGGAGUCGGACGACGAUACACCCCUCGCAUCGCCCCCGCAAACCACACUCAACUUCUCGGACAAGGAAGCCAUGCUCACCACUUCCUUCUACGACGCAAAGUCACAACCGCAAUACCUCGAAGACGACCACCCGCUGUUCAUGGACACAAGCGCGCCGCUCAUCACAAGUUACUAGGCCAGCACACCAACAUGUUCCGACCUUUUGAUUUUGAUACAGCAUUUUUCAGCGAGCGAGCGAUUUCUUUACAACAUAGCGUGGCGUUUAUUUGUUUGGGCACUAUAUAUCCUCUCUUUUUACUGUUGGCAUAUACCACACGGCAGUGGCAAUGGGUUCGCGACGAUAUCCGGAAGUUAUUCUACUCUACUCUACUCUACGUUGCACGAUUAGAAGGAACAUGGACAGUGGGGGGGAAUUUCUGUGGCGAACGGUCUGAGAUCUCCCGAGACCAGUUGGUUGAGGCUCCCGUCAUAGCUAGAAAAUUAAAUCAUCAUCAUAUUGAUCGACCUCCAAGAAAA